CCUUUUCUUUCCUCGCCUCUCUCCUCCGCGGAGCGCGGUGCCGGGAGGCGCGGGCAGAGCCGCGGGGAUGGGGCGGCCGCCGGCCCCCAGCCCGCCCGCCCGCUCCCGCCGCCCGCCGCCGCGUCCCCUCCCCGGCCGGCGGGAAGCGGCGGCUCUCCCCCGCCGCCCGCCUCGCCUCCUGCUCUGAAUUUCUGCCCGUCGGCCGAUCUGGGGAGAGGCGGGGAGGGGGUACGUCCCCUCACACUUUUCCCCCUCCCCACUUUUUUUUUCCCCCCCUUUUUUGCCUGGCCCCCAUCACCCCCGCCCCAGCCCGUUUCUCCGCCGCGGGGUCUCUUCGGUGGCCAUGCGGCCGGUCCUGGGCGAGCGGCUCUAAUUCGCCCCCUCUCCCGGAUGGCCCCCCGGAGCCGCGGGCGGAUGGAGCCGAGCUACGUCGUGGGUAUCUGCUGCCUGGUGCUGCUGGAGCCGGGCCGGGUGUGGAGCGGCGAGCCCAGCACCGGGGGGCCCGGUGAGAGCGGGAACGGCAGCCAGGCACCGGCGGCGGAGACCACGGCCCCCGCGCCCACCGGGGCGGCACCACCCGGGGGAGACCGCUGCCGCGGUUACUACGACGUGAUGGGGCAGUGGGACCCGCCGUUCAACUGCAACGCCGGCAUCUACCAGUACUGCUGCGGGACCUGCGGGUACCGGUUCUGCUGCCAGUUCAAGCCUGGGCGGCUGGACCAGAGCGGCUGCUCCAACUACGACACCCCCAACUGGGUCAACACGGGCCAGCCGCCCGCCCGGGUGGAUGAGACCCCCGAGGACCCCACUCGCGACAAGACCAACAUGAUCGUCUACAUCAUCUGCGGCGUGGUGGCCAUCAUGGUGCUGGUGGGCAUCUUCACCAAGCUGGGCCUGGAGAAGGCACAGGGUCCCCAGACGGAGAUGACUGUCUCCAGGACCCUGACGGACCUACUGAAGCAGCCGGGCCACGGCCCCUCCGAGCAUGCGGAUGGUCUCAUGGUGGGUGUGCAGGUCCCGCUGGGCGAGGGGCUUGCCCGGGGGCCACCCAGGAACAGCACAGACAAGCCGCCCUUGAACAACGCGGUGGCCAUUGCCCCCCCGCUGGGGCGGCCCCACGGCCACGGCAAGCGCCUGCCACUGGCCACCAGCCUGGCCCUGCCAGCCCCUGCCUACGCCGCCUACGCCACGCUGAAGGCUGGAGAGAGCGCCCCCGAGGACUUCUACAGGCAUUUUGGGGGGCCAGAGGUGCCCCCCGCCAGCACCCUGCCCUUCCCGCCCACCGAAGCCCCAGCGCUGCCCGAGGGCUGCCCCCCACCCAAGGCCAAGGGCCCCAAGCUGCCAGGGGGCCCAGCCUUCCCGGGGGGCUGGGAGGGCCCCCCCCCCCGCGGCCCCCGCCGGCCCGGUCUGGCCACCCUGCGCCCUGAGGGGCCACCUGAGGCCUUCAGCCCCGCCGCCCCGCUCUACGGCCAGCCCCACCGGCACCUCGCCACCAAGAGCAAGACUGAGGUCACUGUCUGACGGCCGGCACCAUCGUGGCUGACAGCCUCCCCUGGGCGUGGCCCACCAGAGCAAAGCAUCAUAGGUCCUACGCAAACAACGACGGCUGGUCAUAGCGGGAGACAUGCAGUCCUUCCUCCACCGGGGAUCAGAGCUGUCAGCUGCACCUCACCGCUGAAGAGGCCAGGCCGUCCCUCUCAUCUGGACAAUGAGUUUCAGCUGUUCUCAGCCCACCCCAGGAAAAGGCUGAGCCAGGGGCACAUUGCUGGAGUGGGCUGCUGCUCAGGGGUUGGGAGCCAAUGCCGGACAGACUGCAGCCCCCAGGGAUGGGGGGACACAUCCUGCUGGGGCCUGGCACCCCCACUAGCCCCCGGGACCAGGCAGGGGAAGAGCAACGGACUCAAAGCACCAUCCCAGCGCUGCCAGCAGAACCCGAGCAGCCUCUUUCCCUCCCCAGCCUCCCCUUCCCCACUGCCCCAGUCUCCAC